CAGAUGAAUGUACCAGAUUGUCUACAAUUGCGCGACAGCUUGCAGGCUGGAGCGCGUAGGAGGAACCAUAGACUGCGCACAAUGCAAGCCAACGUCGACACGAAGCUAAGCUCUCAGCAACACAGGAGCCUGUACUUUCCAGAUGGAGACGAUAUGCUUUGUGCUGUCUCUGUCUCCGACAAAUCCACAAUACCAUGCUGUGUGCACAGGAUCGUCUUAUUGUUCCAUUCACUCGUGUUUAGAGACAUGUUUACGCUCUUUACGAAUUUCCAGGUCAACGAAACGCUGGACGACGCACCUGUUGUCAGGCUGUAGGAUGUUGCGGGCGAGCUGGCUAGGCGCCAUUACGGUACCUUCCGUGUCUCAUUCGCCACCUUCUGUCCUCGGCACGUCGCCCAUCUCACACCUGCUUUGCUACUCGAGACGACGCGACGGUAUAUGCCGGGAGUUUCAGGCGGACACCAGACCGUUGGUCGUGCUUUUCAGCUUGCACUCCUCCAUACUACCCAAGAGCUAAUGGUGUGCUUGUGAUGGUCGAGGCGCCACAACAAUCCUGCGGGGCCCGUCCGGCGCUUGUAACUUCCGCUCCGCCCCAGAAGUGAUGCUUGAUUUCGCGCGGCAAGUCGCAAACGUUCUCGGUGCGAUGCAAAGGAGCACAUCGACAGACGCGGCUGCCACUCGGCCGCCGUCUCGCUCACGAAUGCAGUGUCUUCCGGAUUCUCGAUCGCGAACAUUCUUCGGAGGUGUAUCGUAUUUCAUUCGUGGGAGCCGCAGCCCAUGACUUACUAGUCGUGCCGCGCUCCGUGCUUCUGCAAGUUCCAAGCCAUUCGACGGCCUCUUGAAGGCUACACCAUGCAUGUAUGGGAACUCAGCUGGGCACGAUGGUCAGCUCCAUUCAGUUC